AUGUCUUACUACGAGCAGUGCAAACAGCCCUGCCUGCCCCCUCCCAUUUGUGUGCAGAAAUGCACCAAGUGCGUGGAGCCCUGCAAGACAGUGUGCGUGGAGCCCUGUGGCAAUGUCUGCGUGAAGCCAUGCUCCACACCAUGUGUGGAGGUCUGCCCAACGCCCUGUGCCACCCAGUGCACCACGACCUGCACCACCCAGUGCGUGGAGCCUUGUGCCACCCAGUGCACCACGACCUGCACCACCCAGUGCGUGGAGCCUUGCAGUACCCAGUGCGUGGAGCCCUGCAGCACGCAGUGUGUGGAGGUCUGCCCCCCCAAGUGCAUCGAUGUCUGCGUAAAGCCAUGUGCCACUCAGUGCCCAACUCAGUGUCCCACCCAGUGCGUGGAGCCCUGCAUCGCCCAGUGUGUGGAGCCUUGCCAAGCCCCAUGCGUGGAGGUGUGCGCCACCAAGUGCGUUGAUUCGUGUGAGACUGUGUGCCUGGAGCCAUGCACCACAGUCUGCUCUCGUCGAUGCUGA